UUCUGUUCACGUGGUCAGACCCACCCCCCCUCCCGCUCCUCCUCCUCCUCGAGCGCAAGGCGAUUGUGACGAGGCCGCCGAAGAAGGCCCGCCCCGCCCCAGCGCUUACUCCCCCCCUCCUCCUGCGCGUGCGCUCUCUCCACCCCGGCUGGGCUUCCCUUUCCCCUCAGUGCCUGGCAAAAGAGCGGUGGUCGCCGGCCGGGCCGCGGGAAACAGCCGGAGCCGCCACGAUGAGGAGCAGAGCGCCGCCGCCGCCGCUGCCUCUGGUUGUUCUGCUCCUGGGGGGCUGGGCGUCCCUGUGCGGCGCCUUCUACCUGCCGGGCUUGGCUCCUGUCAGCUUCUGCGACGAGGGAGGCGAGAAAGCCGGAUGCAAGUCAAAAAUAGAGCUGUUUGUGAACAGACUGGACUCGGUUGAAUCAGUUCUACCAUAUGAAUAUGAUGCUUUUGACUUUUGUCAAGAUGCAGAAGAAAAAAGGCCUUCAGAAAAUCUUGGACAAGUCUUGUUUGGAGAGCGAAUAGCAUCAUCGCCCUACAAGUUUACAUUUAAGAAAAACCAACAAUGCCAAGUGGCUUGUAUGAAGUCUUAUGACCCGGAGAAUACAAAUGACAAAAACAAGCUGGAAUUCUUGAAGAAAGGAAUGCGGUUGAAUUACCAGCAUCACUGGAUUAUCGAUAACAUGCCAGUGACUUGGUGUUACGAUUUUGGAGAAUUACAUAAAUUCUGUAAUCCAGGAUUUCCAGUUGGAUGCUUCGUGGCUUCAGAUGGCAGAGCUAAAGAUUCCUGCACUAUAAAUUCUGAGUUCAACAAGAAGAAUACCUACUAUCUUUUCAACCACGUUGAUAUUACGAUCACGUACCACAGUGCGCAGAAUGAGAACUGGCUCGGAGCUCGCCUGGUUACAGCUCGCCUGGAACCCAAAAGUUAUAAACAAACGGAUAUAAACAAUUUGUCUUGUGAAGGCCCCCCCAUGGAAAUCUCUGCAGAGUUUAACAGCAAGCUGAAUCUGAUUUACAGUUACUCUGUGAAAUUUGAAGAGAACAACAAUAUUAAGUGGGCUUCGAGAUGGGACUACAUCUUGGAAUCCAUGCCCCAUACCAACAUCCAGUGGUUUAGCAUAAUGAAUUCCCUUGUAAUUGUGCUCUUCUUGUCUGGAAUGGUUGCCAUGAUCCUUCUGAGGACUUUGCAUAAAGAUAUUGCAAGAUACAACCAGAUUGACUCCUCGGAGGACGCCCAGGAGGAGUUUGGGUGGAAGCUGGUCCAUGGAGAUGUGUUUAGGCCUCCCAGGAAGGGCAUGCUGCUCUCUGUCUUCCUGGGGCAAGGGACGCAGAUUUUCAUAAUGACAUUUAUUACCUUAUUCCUUGCCUGCCUUGGAUUCCUUUCGCCAGCCAACAGGGGGGCCUUGAUGACCUGUGCCGUCGUGCUGUGGGUCUUGCUGGGGACCCCAGCAGGCUACGUAUCUGCUCGGAUGUACAAAACAUUUAGAGGUGAAAAAUGGAAGACAAAUGUGUUGCUGACAGCUCUGUUGUGUCCUGGAAUUGUCUUUGCUGACUUCUUCAUAAUGAACCUUAUUCUUUGGGUGAAAGGAUCCUCAGCUGCUAUUCCCUUUGGCACUCUGGUUGCUAUCUUGGCCAUGUGGUUUGGAAUAUCUGUCCCAUUAACCUUUGUCGGUGCAUACUUUGGAUUCAAGGAGAAGCCCAUUGAGCACCCAGUGCGUACAAACCAGAUUCCUCGUCAAAUCCCGGAGCAGUCCUUUUUCACCAAGCCUCUUCCGGGCAUCAUCAUGGGAGGCAUCCUCCCCUUUGGGUGUAUCUUUAUCCAGCUCUUCUUCAUUUUAAACAGCAUUUGGUCUCACCAGAUGUACUACAUGUUUGGCUUCUUGUUCUUAGUCUUUAUCAUCCUCCUGAUUACAUGCUCAGAAGCAACGGUCUUGCUGUGCUAUUUUCAUCUAUGUGCCGAGGAUUAUCAUUGGUGGUGGAGGUCAUUCUUAACCAGCAGCUUCACCGCCGUCUAUCUCUUCAUCUACGCAGUCCAUUAUUUCUUCUCAAAACUUCAGAUCACAGGAACUGCCAGCACCAUUUUAUACUUCGGAUAUACAAUGAUCAUGGUCUUGAUUUUCUUCCUUUUCACUGCUGACUGGGAAACAGGUGCUGUGUGCCAAACUGGGGGAGAGCUGCCAUGGUGGAUGGAGACUUGGACUUGGGAAAGAAGGAGGAGCUGGGUUCAAAUCCCUUCUGAACUUACAGCUCCCCAGAUGACUUUGUGCCUAGCCUACCUUGCAGGUCUGUCAUGAGGCAACUGGCCCUGAACCCCUUGAAGAAAAGCCAAAGUACUAAUAUUGGGGAGGGGAAUGAAUAAGUGAUUGUAUCCCAUAAGUUUUUAUUGCACUGUGAAAUCCUUUUGAGAUGCUUCAUGGGGAGCAAUUCAUUAAUAAUAAUAAUAAUAAUAAUAAUAAUAAUAAUAAUAAUAAUAAUAAAAAUAAAAUACCCCCCAUCUGACUAGGUUGCCCCAGCCACUCCAGGCAGCUUCCAAUAUCAUCUCUGAAAGGGACUUGCCUUUAAAAGACAACAUGAAAUAACAAUAAUGAAAUACUAUUAUUACUAUGACUAACUACAAUAAUAUUAAAUUUAAUACCAAACCGUCACCAGCAUGUGGGUUACAACAAUUUUAAAUUCAAAAUUAGAAGCAGUCAAAACAACUCAGAAUCAUAAAAAUAAGUUGGGAGCUAAAAAACCAAACCCCAUACACCUCAAGUGCCAAGAGCUAGGGUGUGUCCUUAGCAUUUGCUGAAAGCUGUAUAGUGAAGUUUUCAGAGACCUCUGUGGGGAGGGAAUUCUACAGCUUAGACGCUGCCACAGAGGUUGUCCUCUCCUGAGCUUCUGAGGGUGGUGGAGCUAGCAAAAGGUUUCUCUCUGCUGAUCUUAACACCCAUGAAGGCCUGGAGGAAAGUAGGCAGUCAUUCAGACAUUUCUUAGGGCUUCAGACACUAGUGUGAGCACCUUGAAUUGGGCUCGGAAAUGAACAGGGAGCCAGUUGUGAUAAUAAAGAGGGUUUCUGAACAUGAGGUGAGGACCCCUUUCAGUCACCACCAUGUAACCAGUGCUCACCUCCACCGCCCCAUAACUAGGCUUCCACAAUAGGGAUGAUAGGCCAAGAUAUUUGGCAUCUUAGCAGUGUCACUGCCGGAUGGAGCUGUCCAUAAGCAGAGGUGCCAACCAUGGAUGGAAAAAGGCUGGGAGUCAGGAUGCCACCUGGAACAGAUAGGCCCUCAAGGCAGUUUCAUGUCAUGCAUGCCAGCCUCCCCCAACUUCCAGAUACUAUUAUUGGAUGCCAGCUCCCAUCAGCUCCAGCCAGAACAGCCAAUGAUCUGGUUUGAUGGGAGCUGUGGAUCCCAUGACAUCUGGGGAGAUAAUAAUAAUAAUAAUAAUAAUAAUAAUAAUAAUAAUAAGGCCCAGUAUGGCCUGCUUCAUCUGGGCGUUACUCUCUGGUACUCGGCAGCAGAGAUCCCAUCUCAAUGCUCCCAUCAUCUUUCCCCAUUAGCUAUGCAGCCUGGGGACGAUAGGAGUUGUAGUCCAAGCCAUCUAGAGGGUAAGCGAAGGUUGCUAUGAAACAAAGCUAUGAAACAGUGAACAAGGCUGAAGAAAUACAUCAAUUUCCUUUUCUGAAUUUCCCCAGUCUUGAGUGCAGUUUGACACCUUCUUGCAUCAGUUUGAUGAUGAUUAAUAAUAAUAAUAAUAAUAAUAAUAAUAAUAAUAAUAUAGCCUCAUGAAAAUGUACACAUUUCUUAUAGUAUACACAUUUGUAUGAAAUUUUGCCCCCCCCCACAUGUAAGCAAUAUUCACCCAGUGUGCUAUUUUCAAUAAAAUCUGCAUUAUUAUGUGAA